AUGACAAAUUUUACUAUCGAUAUCACUUCGGACACUGUGUGCCCGUGGUGCUACGUAGGCGUAUCCCGCCUCGAACGCGCCAUCAAAGAACACACCAAACUUCAUCCCGGCGACACGUUCGACCUAAAAUGGCGCACAUUCUACCUCAACCCCAACGCAGCGCCUUACCCCGGCGUCAAUAAACUCCAAUUAUACGAGUCGCGCUUCGGUGGACCAGGGCCUGUGCAAGGUCUAAUGGCCCGACUUCGCGCAGUGGGCGCUCCGGAAGGGAUCAAUUUUGCAUUUGGAGGGAACACGGGUUCGUCGAAGGAUUCGCAUCGACUUUUGUAUCAGGUGGGACAACAGUAUGGAGGAGAGAAACAGACCCUCGUCGCAAAAGCGUUGUUCAAGAGUUAUUUCGAGAAAGAGGAAAAUGUGACGGAUAAGAAGGUCUUGUUGCAAGCUGCGUUGGACUCAGGCGCAGGGUUGUCGGAGAAGGAGGUGAAGGGGUGGUUGGAUUCGGAUGCUGGGCGUGCGGAGGUGGAUAAGGAAGCUGAUGAGGCAAGAGCAAAUUGGAUUCAGGGGGUGCCGCAUUUUUUGAUUCAGGGACAAUAUGCUGUUGAGGGUGCGGAGGAUCCGGAGCAGUUUUUGAGAGUUUUUAGUGCCAUCAAGAACGCGCAGUAG